CAAAUCGUUAAGAGAAACUAUAUCGAAGUUCUCGCUCCUGUCGAUAAUUCAUAAUGACUACAUACACGGAUAAAGGUCCGAAGCCGUUAGGAGGAAAAUUCUUGUGCGUCGAUCAUGUAACAUUCUGGGUUGGAAAUGCGAAACAGGCUGCCAGUUACUAUUGCACCAGGAUGGGUUUUGAACGUUUUUGUUAUCGCGGUUUAGAAACUGGUUCGAGACACGUGGCAUCUCAUGUUGUUAAACAAAAUCAGAUUGUAUUUGUGUUCGAAUCAGCCUAUGAACCUGAUAACAAAGAAAUAGGAAAUCAUAUUUCGCGACACGGAGACGGUGUUCGCGACAUUGCAUUCGCUGUUGAGGACAUUGAUAUCAUUGUAAAGAUCGCUAAACAAAGAGGAGCCAAAAUAGUAAAGGACAUAUGGGAAGAAAAGGACAAAUAUGGUGUUGUAAAAUUUGCCACUUUAAAAACUUAUGGAGAUACAAUUCAUACGCUCGUAGAUAGAUCGAAAUACAAAGGAUUCUUCUUACCAGGAUUUCAACAGCUAUCAGCGGAUAAGUUCGAAAAUAAUUUACCAAAAGUUGGAUUAAAUUUCGUGGAUCACAUCGUUGGGAAUCAGCCUGAUAAAGAUAUGGAAUCUAUUGCAAAAUGGUAUGAGCAAUGCUUGCAGUUUCAUCGAUUUUGGUCUGUAGACGAUACCCAAUUACACACGGAAUAUUCUGCUCUGCGUUCUAUCGUUAUGACUAAUUGGGAAGAGACAGUCAAACUGCCUAUCAAUGAACCAGCUCCUGGCAAAAAACGUUCUCAAAUCCAAGAAUACGUGGAAUAUUAUGGAGGAGCAGGAGUGCAACAUAUUGCUCUUAAUACCAACGAUAUAAUUAAAGCUAUACAAAAUUUACAUGAUAGAGGCGUGGAGUUUCUAGAUGUACCAGACGUUUAUUACGAUACGUUAAGAAAUCGAUUGAAGUCUAGUGGAGUCAAAAUUUCAGAAGACCUUAAUACGCUUCAGAAAUUGAAAAUCUUAAUUGAUUACGAUGAAAAUGGAUAUCUUUUACAAAUAUUUACUAAAAACAUGCAAGAUCGACCAACGCUUUUUAUAGAAGUCAUUCAAAGGCACAAUCAUAACGGAUUCGGAGCUGGAAAUUUCCAAGCAUUGUUUGAAGCUAUCGAAUCAGAACAAGCUAGACGUGGAAAUUUAUAAAAUGAUAUGGACUGCAAUAAUACUAAUUAAGAUGUAAUUAUCUAUAGGCAGUUUGAGUUUAUGAUAAUUAUAUAAUAAAAUGUUAUCAUAAAUGUAAUGAAGAAACAA